CUCUAGUUAACCUCAAUACUUACUUGAGAACGAUCAUAACUUCACCCCCAGUCAUUGAGAACCCCAGUUACCCAGCCAGACGCUCAGUUGCUUCAACCCACUGUACUUUACCCUAAGAACAGGUUACCCGAUACCUUGAUCGUAACAUUUUGAUUGCUCCUGUUCAGUACUUUGCCUUGAAGCAUACCGAGCAGUAUCCGACAACAUGUCUUCCCAGACGUCCAAGAACAACACCCCCAGCACCCCGGCCACGAGCAGCAAGGCGGCCCAAAAAGCCCCUGCUCGGCCCAAGGACGAUAGCGACAGCGAGGACGAGGAAGACCAGCUCCGCAGGCAGGUUGCUCAGACCAACCAGGAGCUCCACGAACAGACGCUCCGCGCAACCCAACUCCAAGAGGAACUCCAGGCUCUCCGAGCCAGUGCUAACGUUACCUCAACCCCUCUUAAUGGGCGCGAGAGACUCAAGCUUAACCCCCCAGCCACAUUCGAUGGCACACCUGGACAACUUAAAGGGUACCUUGUACAGGUACGCACCUACCAAGCAUUCCAUUUGGAAACUUUCCGCAGUGAAACAGAAAAGGUGGUACACGCGGCCACUUUCCUCCGAGGACGAGCCUUGUCUUGGUUCGAGCCUCUGUUGCAGGAAUGGCUUGAUGUACCCCCCGAAGAACGACGCCAAGAAGUCACCGACAUUUUUUCAACCUUCGCAGGGUAUGAACGCACCCUCCGUUCCUUGUUCCAGGAACCCGAUGAGAAACGACAGACCGAACGAGAUUUGGCCAACCUACGACAAACCAAGUCAGCCUCCGCUUAUGCAGCCGAGUUCAGAAGGCUAGCAACAAGGCUGGACAUGACCGAAGAAACCAAGAUCCUCCAGUUCUACCAAGGAUUGAAGUUAGAAAUAAAAGACGAAGUAUCCAAGCUCGACCGACCCGAGGAUUUCCUCGAGUACGUCGAACUUGCCAUCAAACUUGACAACCGGAUUUACGAACGCCGACAGGAAAAACAAGGCGGACAGCGAGUGUUCGUCACCUCGAUUCGACAAGGCAACCAGUGAACUUACACCGACGGGAGACCCAACUACCCGAGCUCACGGACUCGGACGCCUCAGGAGAAUUAGAUGAGGAA